ACAUUUCCUCAGAGGUCCUUAGCAGGUCUUUAAUAUUUUUUAUGGAAUAUUUCAUUUCUCACACCGCAUGACUCUCCAUUUAGUUUAUGUUUUCAUACUCUAAAAAUGGGUAAAAAGGAUCCUUAACGUCUCCAAGAGGGAAUACAAAGCCCCAUUUGCUGCCUGCAAAGGCAUUCGAAACUGAGAAUUGCAUUUAUGUCAAUCGAAGCGCAACCAACUUCACUGCGAAACUCGCCGAAAUCGGAAAACUGGAGCCCUACUCACUCAGUGAAAUACAAACGCGAUGAACAACGAGCUUAAGGCCAAUCUGGAACUGUGCGGCCGUACGGCCGUAGACUUUACGGGCUUGUACUACGCCUUUCUGGACAAUCGGCGCGAUGAAAUGGGUUAUUUCUAUUUGGACAAUGCAAAAUUAACGUGGAAUGGCAUUUGCACAUAUGGCCGCAAGGCCAUCGAACAAAAGUUCUUGGAAUUGCCGUCUUCGCAUCAUGAGUUGAAAACGUUGGACGCCUUGCCCAUGCCGGCCUCAAUUGUUGGCAAUCAGCUGACAACCACGAUCCUGGUCGGCGGAAUCGUCCAGUAUCCUGGGCAGCCGAUGUGCCCCUUCAAUCAAGUCUUUCUCGUUACCUCUGAGAAUGAUAAAUGGAAAAUCUCCUCGGAUUUGUAUCGCGUUAAGCAGCCAAUAAACUAAUUAUCUCCAUAUAAUAAUAUA